CAGAGGAGGAAGAGGAGGAAGCCGCGGAGCGACAAGAUCCAGAGCGGCAGAGAGACGCGAUAAAGAAACUACAGAAUAAUCUCAUCAAUUAAAGAAGAAGAGGAAGAGGAAGAGGAAGAGGAGGGUUUUUACGCGCCGUCACCGCGCGGAUAAAACGAGCUGAGCAGCAGCAGAGGCGGAGACGCGUCAUCGCGCUCUUCCUCCUCAUCAGUGAACGAGUGAAGAAGAAGAGGAGCGGAGGAAGAACCGUGACGAACCUCGGACCCAAAACGACGAAGGACGUGGUGUAGGAAACCUCCCCCCCCUCCCCUCCCGGACCAGGGCCGAUUCUGCAGCGCGGCGCGGCGACACCAUGAAGGACCGUACGGCGGAACUGCGAAGUGCGAAGGACAGUGAUGAUGACGAGGAGGUGGUGCAGGUCGACAGGGACCACUUCAUGGAUGAGUUCUUUGAACAGGUCGAGGAGAUCAGAGGCUGCAUAGAAAAGCUGUCGGAGGAUGUGGAGCAGGUGAAGAAGCAGCACAGCGCCAUCCUGGCCGCACCCAACCCUGACGAAAAGACCAAGCAGGAGUUGGAGGACCUCACAGCUGACAUCAAGAAAACAGCUAAUAAAGUUCGUUCAAAAUUAAAAG